GAUCACUUCAGGUCAACAAAACAUCAAACCGAAAGUAGAAAUGUUGUUUACCGCUGUCAUUUUCAUCGUUUUAAAGCUCAUCCAUGCUAGAAUUAUUGGAACAUUUGUAAUGCCACAUGGUGGUAUUGCAUUGGAUCCAACGCAUUUCAACACUACCAAUGCAACUGCAAAGAAUGAAGCCGAGAUAUUACACAAAUCAUGUCAAGAAGUUGGACAAGUGAUUGAUUCACUGGACCCUGACCUUGUUUUCUUAAGCACACCACAUGGUUUAUCAGAUUUAAAUAACUUUGUAUUUUACCUGAAUCCUGCUGGAUAUGGACAGGCAGAUACGGACAACUGUCAGUGCCCAUCGUGCUGUUACUCAAUAAAGAUAAAAAUAGACAAUUCUACUUCUAUUGAUUUAAUCCAAGCCAUGAAGACUUAUUCAAAUAUAAGUGGGUUAAGUGCAUUUGGUCCACCAGGUCAGAGCGAAGAACUAUUUCCUUUAAGGUGGGGAGAAGUUAUUCCUUUGCACUUUUUACCAAAUAUCAAUAGAGUUAAAGUGGCAAUACUGUCUCAACCCAGUAGAAGAUAUACACAGGAUGUUACUAUGAUUCCUGAACUACUAAAGCUAGGAUCUACCUUAUAUAAAUACUUAGAAAAUUUACCACAGAAAGUGGUGACCAUUAUAAGUGCUGACUUGGCUCAUACACACCUCAAGUCUGGUCCCUAUGGUUACUCAGAUGCAGCAGAACCAUUUGAUCAGGCAAUAGGACAGUGGGUAAUGACAUUGGACCAAUCUGUUCUGACUGUAAAAGCAGCAAAGUAUGUUGAUAAAGCUUUAUCAUGUGGAUACGCUGGACUUGUCAUGCUUCAUGGAAUGAUGCAUGCUGGGGAAUUGUCAUCAUGGAAACCAACACUUUAUGCAAAUUAUCAUCCCAGUUAUUACGGAAUGAUGGUUGCUUCAUUUCUCAGUACUUCACAUAUUCAUGAUUCCUUAUAAUAUAUAAUAUUUUUGUAUUUUGUUGAAUAAAAACGCCUUUAAACACAUGGUUUUUUUUUAUUACAUGUAUCAAUAAGGAGAGUGUUUUAUGUUUUGAGGUGUACUUUAUCUUUUUAAAAACAGAUUAAUGUGCAUAUUGAGGUGAACAUAGUAUGGUAUUUUAUCUUAUCAAUUUUUUAUUAUCUAAGGGCUAUUCCAGAAAAAAUAUAUAUGUGGUUUGGGUUUGAUGAUACUUCAAUAAUUUUUGUAUGUGUGGUAGAAUGUCACAAAGUUCAAAUUGUGCCAUAAUGUAUGCAAUUAAAAUGCAAUAAUUGGGUUUAUGGCCGUAAGAAAAG